AUGGCGAAGCUUGCACGGCGUGGCUUUCCCAGCACGGCGGCCUCUCGGUGGACGGAGCCCCGCCAGGAGCUCGCCGAAGUGGCCCAGACGCGUGAGAAAAAGCAGCCACCGGACCAGUAUCUGGGCAUCGACACGGCCACGCUGUACUCGCUGUCUCUGCAGAGCGAGGCGGCCGAGGGCGGAGAUCAGCGGGCCUCGUGGGCCCCUUUUGUCUACGCGUACGGCCUUCUCGUCCUCGUCCUCGGUUUCCUGAUCAUCUACUUCCUAAUCAAGGCUGGCGGGAGCGCGUACGGACCACAACGAGAGGGCUCCGGAGCUCGCAAGAUGACCGAGGAGGCGAGAACGACGGAGUCGCCACCAAGCCUUCGCACGACCACUGGCCAGCUAGCCACGGCUCCUGCAAGGGGCUCAUCCGAAGGUUCUGGCUCAUCUCGAAGCCACUCAGGGCACACAACUGCGUCGUCUAGUCACCAGGGAAGCGACACUGACACUGCUGCGGAUGCGCUGACAACGCACUCUGCACAGCCUGAAGAGGAUCGCGCAUGAUUGUUUCGCGGAAUCUGCGAAGCCUUUUGCAACGACAAGAAAGGAGACACGUGGUGUAUGAGUGUGCUCUAGGUUUCGAUACGCAAAAGAAAAUAGCAUUUCCUUUUUUACGCACGUAGGAGUUGCGCCCAAUACUUUAUUUCUAUUGUCAAUGCUUUCUUUCUCUCUUAAAACGUAUUUGCUUAUUGCGCUGUACGUGAAUAGCAUUUGCUUGACAGUCAGCACUUCUUUGUGCCUUCCGUUUGUCCCGUCCUUGUGCUGUUACAGAGUGAAAUGUGUUUUCAUGCCAUUCGCGUGACUUCGACGGCGAGCAAUGUUUUCUUUUUAUGUAGUACUUUUUAAAAGACAUUGCAUCUGGUUCUGCGAAAUAUGUACACGCCGCAGAUAAGAAAAAACUUUUUUCCAAUGUA